CUCCCUCUCGAUCUCUCUGGGUAGCGCCGAAGCAAGCGAUCGAGCCGCCGCCGCCGCCGCGAUGUCUGAGAUCCUGCCCUACAACGACGACAAAGUGGCUCGCUAUGGCACCGAUUCGGAAGUCAGCGACAUCUCCUUCAGCUGCCGCCUCCAGGACACCAACUCCUGGAGCAACCAGUCCAAGAGGCCCCCCAAGCUGGGCCAGAUUGGCAGAGCCAAGAGAGUUGUGAUUGAAGAUGAUAGAAUAGACGAUGUGUUGAAGGGGAUGACAGACAAGUCGCCUUCUGGGGUAUAAAUCAGCACGGAAGGCGCCUGCACCCAGAUGCAGACUGAUCCCUGAAUUUUUAAGCACUUUUGGCUGUGCAUGUUUGUUGGGAUUGUGGACAAACAAGGAAAGCAAAGGAAGGAGAUGAGGCUGCUGGCAACACCCUCCACCCCCAACGCAGACCCCAACCCGAAGAGGUAACUGAUGGGGGCCACCAUCUCACCCUCCUCCGCAUCAACGGAGAGCCAAGGGACAAAAAGACCUUGUCGCCCAACGCUAUCCUGAUUACCAAUGCACGAUGCCCAACCCCGGAGUUGCGACGUCCACGACCCUUCUAGAAGGAGCUUCCUUUUUUCUUUUCCUCUUUUUUGGUUGCGGAAUGGAAGCUCUCGCGCCUUGGGGAGCUGUCCACUUCAGCACUGCCGCUCGGCGCACGCCGGCCAUCUCCCUACGCGCCCGCUCUCGGGGAGCUGUCCAUUUCAGCAUCCUCCCCUGGGAUGCUCCGGCUGCAAAGCCGUCCAUGGCAGCGGCUUUUCCUGCGCCCAUGCUGGGUGCUGUCUGUUUCCCUGUAUUCCAGAACCUUCUAUCCCGCACCCCCUCCCCCGCAAUUGCUUCCACCCAGUCCACAGCAGCAGCAGCAACAACAGCAGUGUAGCGUCCCCUCUUUUGUCUUGGGUGACCCCAGGCCAUGACACGAAGGUGCUGUUUCUCUGAGAGCGCUGAGCCACGGGAUCGCCCAGUGCUCUCCAUUUUUAAGGUGGGUGGUGGUGGUUCUCCUUUAGCCAUGCACUUUACGCCUUUCCCUUUUCCGGGGGGUGGCUGUGUAGCUGACACCUGCAUAGACAUAAGAUACGUAUAUACAUAUACAGACCCACACUAACAAUAACAGUUCCAUUGUAUUUGGAGUCACCACUUCUGUAUUUCCAAUGGACAACCGCUCCAUCCUACACAGUAGGUCCUCUGACCCCUACAAACCAACCCGUAAAAAAACCAAUCCGUUUGCAAAAUACCAGCAGUUUGGAAGCAAACCCAAAGCCAGCAGUGCUGAGUGGAAGACAGAGAAGGUUCGGAUGCGGAUGGACUAUAAUAAUAAUAAUUCAAAAAGACAGUGAUUGUUUUUGCUGUCAAGAGACAUUUUUGCUCCAUCUUUUUUGCAUGAGCUUCCUGGUCUUGGUGCCCACGUUUCGGUGCCACUAGUCAUUCCACUAUGGCACGCUUCUUUUUAACAGAAACUCCUCAUAUUUGUAUUUUUAUAUCCGAAUAUUUGUUAACAACAAUCUGCUAAUGUCUAAUGUCAAAACGUUGCAUCAAAAGAUUGUUUGUAUUUUUUUUCCCAUAAAAAGAAAGUGAGACAAGAUUUUUAUAAGAUGGAUUUCCCUUCGGAAGGCAGAUAUAUUGAAAUAGUUGGCUAUCUUAAUUAUAUAUCAGUAUUGGACAGGACUUCUUGAAUGUGUUUCAGGUUUUGCACACAUCAUCGUUAACAAGAAAUGUAUUUGAAGAGUCUUAUACUGUGAUCAAUGGCUUUGUUGAUGGACUUUGUAGGAACAUGAUGAAUUUAGAAAAAAAACUAUUGCACUGUUUAUGAAUGUGUUCAGAUAACUUGCUGGUUAUUUGAUGCCUCUUUCUUAGGAGGAGAUGUUCAGAGUUGUUUUUAAUUUUGUACUUUAAUUUAAUUUAUUUUUUUUAAGAAGCUAAUUCUUGUCCAUUGUGCAUGAAAAACCAUCAUCUUUUCAAUAAUAUACAAUGACAUUUUAUGAAGACAAGCAAAAAAUAAUAAUAUUGUCAUAACAUUCUAAGAAUGACCCAUUGUAAAUUUUAAUGCCAUUUUUCACUGUACUGGUGAACAAAACUCAAAUGAAUAAAUACAUACAUGUACUGAAAUGGAA